AUGAAUUCAGCAGACGACGAGCUUUGUCGGGCGUCACAAGAAGCGGAGGCAAGCCUUAUUUAUAAUGAUAGCUAUUUUGAAUUGUUUGAAGCCUCUCAAAUUAUUGAAAAAGAAGUUCAAGAAGGUAAAACUGCAGAACGUUUUUAUGAAGCUAAUGAUGGUGACAUUGAGAAACGUGCGUUGGAUUCUGUGCCUACUAACACCCAGCGACGGGAUAAAUGGGCGUACAACACGUUUACUGCCUGGGCUAUCGCCGUAAAUAAUCGGAGGGGGGGAGGACGAAAACCGGUUACUGUUUUGGAAGAUAUGGGACUUGACGAGCUAGCUUAUUUCAUGUCAAAGUUUGUUCUGGAAGUUAGAAAAAAAGAUGGCUGUGAAUACCCCCCAAAUUCACUCUUUCAAAUAGUUAUGGGUAUACAAUCAUACAUAAAGACUGUUUCUAAACGAAAUGUUGAAUUUCUCCAGUCUGAUGUGUUCGAAGAAUUCCGCCAGGUUCUUGACGGAGAGAUGAAAAGACUGACACGUAAGGGGUUGGGACAAAGCGUUAAGAAAGCUGAAGCUAUCAGUGCUGACGAGGAGGAGCUGCUAUGGAGGAGUGGUCAACUUGGAGACCGGAACCCGCGAGUACUGGUGAACACCUUGCUUUACCUGAAUGGCAAACAUUUUGGACUUCGUAGUGGCCACGAACAAAGAAAGCUAAAGCACAAAAACUCACAAAUAUCCCUGAAGACGAGUCCUGAAGGACACGAGUACUUGUGUUACCGGGAAGAUUACUCUAAAACUGUGCAAGGGGGCCUGAAGCAUAGAAGAGUUACCCCUAAAGAGAUCGAACAUUACACAGGUAGUAAUCCUGCCCGAUGUCAUGUUCGUCUGUUUAAGAAGUACUUAUCACUGUGUCCUCCAGACGGCCAUGAUGACGCUUUGUAUCUUCAAGCUCUUCAGUCUCCGACAGAUAAGUGUUGGUACAGCCGACAACCACUGGGUCACAACACGCUACAGAAGAUUGUCCCUGAAAUGUGA